AUGGGUCGUACUUUACCUACUCCAGUGCCCUGUCGAGUUUGUGGAGACAGAUCGUUUGGAAAACAUUACGGUGUUUAUUGCUGCGAUGGAUGUUCGUGUUUUUUUAAAAGAAGUGUUAGAAGAAACAUCAUCUACACCUGCAUUUCUGGAGACGGCCGUUGCGUUAUAGACAAAGCUAGAAGAAACUGGUGUCCUUAUUGCCGAUUACAGCGAUGCUUUGCAGUCCAAAUGAACGUUUCUGCUGUUCAAGAAGAAAGAGGUCCAAGGAAACCAAAAAUAACUUCAAAAAAAAUUCUACCAGAUUUUUCACCAUUGAACUCUGAAACUUUCCCGUACAGUUCUCCAUCAAGACUUCUUCAGACGGAAACUAACCCAGCUCAUGAACUAGCUGCACAAAUACUUCUUGUUACCAUCAAACAAGCUCGUUGCAAUGCAGGAUUUGGUCUUUUAAAUCGUUUUUCGCAGAACACCAUUUUAGGAAAUUUGUGGGCCCCAUUAUUCUUGUUGAGGGCUGCCCACUGGCCGUCGGAAAAUGUCAACAUGUUUCCUGGUGUUGAGAAUACGUUCAUAACUAUUAAAAAAUUAAAAUUAGAUUCGACAGAUUUAGAGCUAGUGGAGAACAUUUUACUUUGUAGAACUGAUCUUUUAGAUGACGUAGAACAAAUUGUAUUGGCGGAAAAUAUAUUAAUGAGAGCUUUAGAUGGUUUAGCAAUUCGCUCAGCACUAGAUAGGAGAAGAUUUACGGAUGUUCUUUUGGCUUUACCAGUUCUUUUUAUACCAUCUGCUAUCGUACUUCAUUCGUUACUAUUUAAACCAGUAAUUGGUUCUGUUCCUAUCGAAACAGUUAUAUCUACUAUUUAACAAAGAGAAACUUCCGUGAAAUAAAUUAAACACCAGCUAU